GAACAUUCGAGAUAACAACAAACAUGGCGAGUGCUCCUGCAGCUUUCUCGAAAUGUCACAUUUAAAGUCCAUUUUCAACUUGAUAAGUACCCUGAUGGUGAUUACCAGCACUUAUAAAAAGUUCUUCAGAGCCUUAGAAAGGUUCUAAUGGACAACAGUAUUGUGAAAGACCUGGAAAACUUGCAAGUGUUCUCCACAUAUGACAUUUACAAGAUGGAUGAACUGGUCCAAGAUCUGACCAAUGCUUUAGAGGAGAGUUCCAAGCAGAAUGAGAGGAGAGCCAAAAGUGACGAUGGUAUGUCUAUGGGCUAUGUCAGGACAAGAGCUUGCAAGAAACGCAAGAAUAAAAAACGAAGGACAAGCCAAAACUUUCAUGUGGAGUUUGGAAACAUGACUGAGGCUUCUGAAUCCAGUUUAGAUGGUGCUUUGAAGGAUUACAUGGAGAAUGCUGCUCAGCAAAGUGACUCAGAUGAUCUGGCCAUAGCAAGGCGUUUCUCUUCAUUGGCUUUACCCCAACAUGCCAUCUCAUUAGCAGAAUCAGACUCUGUAACAGAAACUGUAUCACCACUGAGGGCUCAGAGUAGACGAAGAAGAAAAUUCAAAAUGGCAGUUGAUCCUGACCCUGGUUCAGAUAUUGCUAUGCAGGAAUACAAACCACGAAAGAAGAGAAUGAAAGGAAAAGGAUCUCUGAAAGACAAGAGCAUGGAUAGUGAUAAAGAGGGUGGGAUGGCAUCAAAGAAAAGAAGUUUUAAAGAAAUGGCCAGUAAAGAGAAUGUCUUAGAUGGCGGAGAUAAAAUGGAAACUGAGAAAUGGCAGGACAGCACCAGUAGUUCUCUGAGCAGCAGUGAACCAGAAACUUAUGAUGAAGAAGGACAAGAUGGUGAUGAUGAACAGAGUGAUUUCUUCCAUGAGACUGGCCCUGUGUGUGGGAUCCCUGGUAUUAUUCCAUGGUGGGAAAAACAGAAGAUAGAAGAGGAUACACAAGACAAAAAAUUCAAGGAAAUCCUCAAUGGGAGUUUGGACCAUAUGUCUGUGGAAUCCAGGAGAGGUUUCCAGGCUCGCUUAAAGAAGGUGGCUGGUUUGCAUGGCAGAGAAAUAAGACUAGGAAGAAGGAGAUUAAAAGACAGGAGGCCAGGAUACACUGCAUACAAGUUCUUCCAAGACAGACACCAGAAGAAAUCUGAUCCAUCCGGGCUCUGGCAGUUAGCAUCUCCAAACCAGUCUGGGGAUGUUAAAAGAAGGAGAAAAACUCCCCCAACAAGUCCCGUUGAUGAAGAUUUAGUUGGAGGUGAUGCCAGUCCAAUCCCAGAGGACAACAUAGGCAACAAGAUGUUACAGACCAUGGGGUGGGUCCCAGGGACAGGAUUGGGUCCCACAGGAAGUGGAAUACAGACGCCCAUUACGGCACAUCUACGUCAGCGGAGGCAGGGCCUUGGUGCUAAUGUUGAUGAUGAAAGAGAAACAAAAAGUGAUGAAUGAUUUUGCCAAUUUUAGCAGAUGUGCUCACUGUAGCUAAAUUAGUGAAAAUCUUUGUCAUGCUGUCCUCAUAUAUAUAUAUAUGAUUUAAAAAAUCUAUCAAAAUUGGUCUUCCUUAGUGAAAUAGGUUAUUUCAUUGUAGCGAGCUGUACUUUCUUCCACUGAUUUUUAUUUAUUAUCAAAAGUUUAUUGACUUAUGUUGUUAUGGUAGAUACAAUUUAUCAUAUACAGGUGAUGUCCCUUUGUUCUUUAGAACUGAAUAUAAGGGUCUGUGGACACCAAGCAUGGAUGCAGUGGUUGAGCAAAUGUUGAAUAACAUCUAAUUUAUGUUUGGUUUUCAAAACUGGAAUCAACUUUGAAAUUUCUUUCCCUAAAAUAUAGUCCCUCUUUGAAAGCAAAUAAAUCAAAUUUUAGCAUCCCAUGGCACAGUUGUUUUUUACUCCUUAAAUUCAGAACCUUCAUUCGUUCAAUGAAGAAAAUUUAGAAGGGUCCAAAGCUCAAUGCUAAAUGAAGAUAAUUUUAACACAACCUGUAUUCAACAUAAAAUCAUGUACUGUACCAUAAAAUUUUCAGUUUUGACUUGUCAGUGUUGAAUCUCUGUUAAUAAAAUCUGCCAACCUUAUUUCAACAAAAAUGCAAGGUUUUAAUGAAAGUUGUGUCUGUUGGGAUUCUUAUUUGUUUGCAUGUUUAUUGGCUGUAAAGGUGAACUUGCAAUUUGAAAUCUUUAACAAAAUCACUUUUAUUGGAUCUGUCUAGUACUAUUCAUAGUUACUAUUUGAAAAACUGUUUCAUCUUUUAAACAUGUAUAUUAAGGCAAAUUUAACGUUCAGAUGUUCACUUUUAUUUAUUAAAAUUAGUUUAGUUAAAUGUGUCUAAUUUAUAGAUACUUCUUUGAUCUUUUUAUCUAAAUUGUCUUGCAGGCUGUGAGAAUUUGGUUCAAGGAGUAACUUUUAAUAUGUAUGACAGUCUUGAUUUAUGUAAAUGAUCAGAGGAAUAAGAAAAGUUGCAUUUUAAUAAAUUAAAAAAAGGUAACAUUAAUUUCAAUAUUUAAACUAAUUAAUCUUUACCAAUUGUGCAAGAUUUGUUUGGUCUGCAAAUAAAAAACACAGUGGGUGACAAAUGAUUUGAAUAAAAUAAAAGGUCUGGUGUUGCAUGUAGUCAUAGCCAGUCUUUGGCUUAACUCUUCUACUUUACUUAUGACUGAAUAUAGUCAUUAAAAUUGUAACAAAGAUAAUGACUAAAACAAUGUAAAUAAAAUUACA